AUGGAGGUCCUUGGUGCUGUAGCCAGCUCCAUCGCCGUGAUACAGGCUUUGGCAGCUGGGAAACAUGCCGUCUCUUUGUUUAGAGAAAUCCCUGAUAUUCAGAAAGACUUCGAUUAUCUGAUGAAGGAGCUGGACAUGAUCAAAUCUAUGGCGCAAGCUGUCUCCAGAAUGGCUCCCAUAGCACUGGAACAAGAUCUUAUCAACACUGCGGCGCGAAACCUCAAUGAGAUCACUGUAGAGCUUGGGGCAUUGUUAAGAAUAUGUUCUCGUGAGACUAGCACGGACGGGAACAGAACGAACAAGACAAGGAAGAGAAAGUGGUUUGUAGAGAAAAGCGAUAUCAAGAAGCUUCAGCAACGGAUGAAUCAAGCCAAAGAAACUCUUCACUUUGCUCUCAAUUCGUCGCGGGUAUCCAAUGAUAUUCGAUUUCAGGCAGAAAUGAGACAGAUGAUGGUAAACAUGUAUACGAUGCAUAUAAGCUCGCCGCAUCCACCACUAGAAGUUCCACAAUUACCAGAAGUCAUGGAGAGUCCGGCAUCAGAUCAACAGCUCAAAGAUGAUCAUACACCAGAGUCAGACGCAGUAGUUAUCAACUAUGGCCAUGGCAGCAAUCCGGAACCGACGAAUGACUCUGUUCAGCUCAAUCCUGUGAUCUCAACUCAGAGAACACCAUCUGAUUCCACUUGCCGGUGCCGAUGUCACUUCUCUGAGAGUCAAUAUCAAAGCUCUGGUUGGAUGCACUCACUCCUUGGAUCCUGGCUUGUGCGUUGUAAGAGCUCGUCUAGAAAAGAAUGUUCAGAUUCAGGAUGCCACUGCGCAGUAUCAACGGCCUUGAGGAUGGAGUACCAAGUUCCGAGAUGGUUUCUCAUCAGGACAUUCAGAAUUUGUGCAUCUUACAGCAGUCUCUCUGGGUUGAGUUGCGCCCUGCGCUCCUUUAGAUUGAUUGAAACCGACUCUUUGGUGUGGACGAACCAGAAAGGCUCAAGCCAAGUAGUUAGGAGAUCAGUGGCUGCGUAUGGCAUUUACCCUCACGACACGGAUAUCAAUGGUCAGGGACUUAUAGAGUAUGCUCUUUAUGCGAAACUUUACUCUUCCAUAGAGGAUGUUCUGGAUAUAUGGAAGAAUAUCUUGACUGAGGUUGGGUUACCCAGACGUGCCGCGCUUGCUGCCGCCAACUCACUACGAUACAAUGAACUCAACGAUUACGAGGCUUAUAUUGUUCAGAAAGUUCUCAGUUUCUUUCGAGAUCCAUCUGAAAUGACAACGACCAAGGUUCACGAGGCGGUCUUGCAAUGUGCGGACCUGCAAGAAGCACUACAAGAGCAACCUUGGGCUAUCAACACGAUUGACGACACUGGCGACUCUCCUCUUGUUCUUGCAACAUGGAGGAACCAAGUCAGGUCCAUGGAAGUUCUCAUUUCAGCAGGAGCUGAUGUUAACCAACGAUCGUACGAUGGAUUGACUCUUCUCAUGGUCGCAGUCGUGACAGAAAACGUGGAGUCUGUAAAACUGCUGCUCAAGUCCAAAUGUAACGUUGAUUUGUGCAAUGAGGAGGACACGACAGCAUUGAAUUUGGCUUCGAGACAGGCUAACCCCGAGUUGAUCAGCCUUUUGCUAGCGGCAGGCGCAUCUGUAAAGCAUCGAGAUGCCAACAGCAACACGUCACUGCAUUAUCUGGCCAUGUCUACGGAUACAAACGCUACUCAUGACGGCAUCAAGGCAUCCAUUGAGACGCUGCUCGUGGCAGGAUUUGACCUUGAAGCACGAAACAACCUACGGAAUACACCUUUCCUUCUAUCAAUUUGUCUAAAUAACUUUGAACUCACAAGAGGUUUGGUAAAUGCAGAUUGCUCUCUCAUUGUUUUUAAUUGCCGAUCUCAAAACUUGUUACAUCUUGCAGCCAGAUACGCUUCAACAGAAUUACUCCAGUUUUUUUCCAUCUUGGACCUAUCCGGCAUCAAUCCGUAUCAGGAAGACUCAUUUGGCCAUACACCCGUCGAUGAUUUUGUCAGAAUCUCUCAUACUAAGGACGAAUGGUACCUGGGUGGAGUUCGCAAGCCAAGUCUCGCGGAGCAAGAGGCUUUCGUCGAGCUUUAUCAAGGCGUUCGAGAUCAAGCCCUACACAAUGAUAUUCAAAACCUUGAACAAGUCCUUGACACACUGCAGAAGCAAGACAUGGCAGUAGCCCGAGAACAUCUAACCGUAUUGAUCGAAAAGGAGAAAAGAUGGGAGCGCGAGAAUCUGGUUUCUUGGUAUCGAGCCGUCGACAAGCGAAUUCAGCACGCGGAAUGGGAAUUAGCGACAGAAGAUGUGGAGGGUCGUAUACUGGAUUUGCAAGAAGAACUCGCAACACCCGUUUGGAAGACCUCAUCAGAAUACGGCUACUUAUGGGAAUUUGAUGAUGGAGAAUCGGCUAUUGAAGAGAGAUCUGAAAGUGUGGAUGAAUCUGAGAUGCCUAGUCAUUCUGACCAACAAGUCAUAGGUGAGAAUGAUGCUCAAGCAACCUAG